AUGUGGUCCAAAAUCAUGAAAUAAAAUCAUAGUCUAGCAUGUGGUCCAAAAUCAUGAAAUAAAAUCAUAGUAUAGUAUGUGGUCCAAAAUCAUGAAAAAGAAGUCAUAGUAUAAUACAGAUUCAUUUUUUAAUGAGAAAAAGUCAUAGUAUGGUAUUUCACAAUAUUUUCAUUCAAAAGUUUUGGUGUACCAUGACAUAACAUGUUCCCAAAAAUGUCCUAGUAUAAUGUUGUUGAAUACAUUUUCUGGGUAUAGAUGGGAGGAAUAUUAACACCUUCAGCUCUGUACAACAAAAGUGUCUCGUAAUUAAUCCACUUUAAUGAGUUCCCAACAAUCAGUUAUAGCUGAGAAUCUCCACAAUCUUUUGCUCCUGGUCAACAAACUGACCCCAACAUUUUGAGACCUGUGAGUCAAAGAAAGUUUCCUGGAGGAAUGCAGUCACUCUAGUCGAGCUCUUACCGUCACAGCUGGUCUCCAUGGUAACUGAGGCUUUGUCCUGAGCUCCAAGCUGACCUUUGCCCCUGUAUAACCCUUUUCUCUCACCUUUCUCUAGAUUGAGCACGACCCCCGGAUGCCGGCUUACAUCGCCACCCAAGGCCCCCUGUCGCACACCAUCUCUGACUUCUGGCAGAUGGUUUGGGAGAACGGCUGCACUGUGAUCGUGAUGAUGAGCGCUCUGGUGGAGGAUGGAGAGAAACAGUGUGACCGCUACUGGCCUGAUGAAGGCUCGUCCCUCUACCACAUCUAUGAGGUGAGGGCACAGUGUGUGUGUGAGUGUGAGUGUGUGUGUGAGGCCCAGAGAGGGAGCACGUGUCUGAUCCAGCUGUGUUGUGCUCACCAGGUGAACCUGGUGUCAGAGCACAUCUGGUGCAACGACUUCCUGGUGCGAAGCUUCUACCUGAAGAACGUGCAGACGCAGGAGACCAGGACGCUCACUCAGUUCCACUUCCUCAGCUGGCCGGCUCAGGGCAUCCCCACCUCCACGCGCCCCCUGCUGGACUUCCGCAGGAAGGUGAAUAAGUGCUACAGAGGAAGGUCCUGCCCCAUCAUCGUGCACUGCAGUGACGGGACGGGCCGGACUGGGACUUACAUCCUCAUCGACAUGGUUCUCAACCGUAUGGCUAAAGGUGUGAAAGAGAUUGACAUCGCUGCGACGCUGGAGCACAUCCGAGACCAGAGGCCCGGGAUGGUCCGCACCAAGGACCAGUUUGAGUUCGCCCUGACCGCCGUCGCCGAGGAGGUCAACGCCAUCCUCAAAGCUCUGCCCCAGUGAAACCAGUACGACCCGGACCGGCCUCCUGUUUGACGGACUUCCCCCUCCCUCCUCACUCCUGUCUUACCUUUUGCCUUUUCUCUCUCUCUGAUGAUGAUGAUGAUGAUGAAGAAGAAUGACGCUGUGCUUCUCGGCUGAGUCCUUAAAACAUAAAAGACGUCACAGAAUUAAAAAACAACAGACGACUGUAAGGUCAGGCUGGGGUCUGAUGUUUAAGUGUUUGUGCCACAGGUGUGAUGCGUUCAGGGACGUUCAGACGGUACAAAGUGUUGCAUUCACAGCUCAUCUGAUUUAGAAUUAAACCAGGAAGGUUUGCAAUUAUAUGGAGGCUGAUUUGUGUCAAUACUGAUAAUCCGUGUGUUAAUGUGUAUCUGUAAAUAAAAAAAAAGAUUUGUAAAGUCACAAAAAUAUUUUACAGACAUGAAACCGAGCUGCAAAUAUACAAAUAUGGAGGUCGAUCUGUGCCAGUGUUGUUUGUGUGAGGAGAUGCAAAUACACAAACAAACAAACAAAAACCUGAGUGUGAGUAAAAUGCAAAUCUGCAAGCGUAGAAUUAAGAUUCACAAAUAUCUGUUGGAAUGUUCAAAACAUUAGAAAGAUAUUUCUAAAUUUUAUUAAAAAAAAAUUUUUUUUAGAAAAUUUCAUUUGUUUGGUCAUUAAUUUAAUGUAGUCACAGAUUUUUUAAAGAGAUUUUAUCUGAUGACUUUGUGUAUUUGCAGAUUGGUUUUUAAUUUGCAAACUAUUUUUUCUUUUUUUAAUAUUGUUUUAUCUUUUUUUCACAAUGUAUUCACAGAUUUUUAUGUUGUGCAAUUUGCAGAUUUUUUUUUCAUUAUUAUUAUUUUAUUUUUUUGCGGCUCUUUCAUAUUUGCAAUUCUUUUUUUCUCCAAUAGUUAUUGUUUUUUUGGUAAUGUAUGAACAGAUUUUUUAUUUUAUUUCAUUUUUAUUUUAUUCUAUUUUUUUCCCAAACUUUUUGCAGAUCAGUUUCAAAUUUGCAAAUUACACAAUUCCACGUUUUACGUAUUUUUCUGUUUUAUUUUAUUUCAUUUUAUUUGAGCAGAAUUUGUGUAUUUGCAGAUCUAAUAUAUAUUUGCAAAAUAUUUUUCUUUUCUCCAAUAUUAUCAUCUCUUUUUUUUGGUAAUGUAUCGGCAGAUUUUUUUUUUUUUUUUCAGAAUUUAUGUAUUUGCAGGUUGGUUUUAUAUUUCCUUAAAUAUUUUGUCAGUUUACAAAUAUUGUUUUACAUUUGCAGAUUACACAUCUCCACAUGGAUUGUUGUUGUGUUUGCAGGAAUAAUAUUGACACUAAUCUACCUCCGUAACAUCCAAACUAAUUUCUGAACUUUAAACUUUGUCACUACAGGACAAACAAAUAAAGUUACGUCAUUAUAAAUAAAAUAUGUUCAGUGGAGUCGCAGAUGAACAGAGAGACUGCAGAGGGUUUAUUUUAAUUCAUAUAUUAAAUUCAUAUAUUAAACUGUUGCCCUGAACGCAUCCUCUGAAGCGUCUUUAAACAUCAGAUCUGAAGCUCUGAUUUAAACUGAAGCAAAAACUUUAUUUUUAUUUCACAUGUGGUGAAGUUUGUUGAGCUCGUGCUGCUGGAUUAUUUUAAAAAGUGUAUUUGAAAGCACCACAAGGCUCCAAGAAGCUUCACUGAUCAGAGCAGAUGUGAAGAAGAUGACCCCUGAUGAUGAUGAAGAUGAGUUGUGGAUGUUUGCCUGCUCGGUCUGUAGCUCCCCCUCCUCUCCUCACGCACAACAUACCAACAUGGCGUCCUCCUCUCUGUGUGUGCCAUCAGAUCACUGGAUGUAUCGUUGUUUACCUCAUGCAAGUCAGAAAAAGAAAUAAAAAAAGAAACGCUGAUAUCAAGAAAAGCUAUUUUGUAUCUGUGAGACUUAAAUAAAUCUUUUCGUGUUGAAGUGCUGCAA